UGAUAAAUCAUUAGUUAGUUCAGCCACAUGACCUCCUUAUCUCGGUCUCAAUUGCCUGUGAGAAAUUAUAAAAUAGCCAAGUAUUCAACUGCUUUUCUCAUUUUUCAUUGACCAAAUUGAAAAACCCCGGCCAAAAAUCUCCAAUCUCAUCCAAUUUACUAACAAAAUUCUCAUGAAUUGAUGUUAACCUUAAGCUCUCAAUGGCGAUUCUUGAGUUUAUCACUCUUUUUCUGUGUGUAAUCGCGUGUAUAUAUGCCGGAUAUGCCGACUUAUCGGCCAACUCCGGCAGAUCGGAGAUCUCCGUCGCCGAACAAAAUCUCGACGGUGCAAAUGGGUUUCAAAAAUUCCACACCACCUCUCUACUGCCGGCUAAAAAUAAACAUGAUAGAGCAUUGGUGGUUGCUCCAGAUGGUACAAUAUCCCUCAUGGAUGUGAGCUCAAAAAAGAUCAUUUGGUCGUUUGCAUCAGGACCAUCUAUCUAUUCUCUGUACCAGGCUCUUCCUGAUCACGAAGGUGACAAUGGUAGCUUCUUUAUUGAUCUCGGACAAGAUGAUUGGGAACUCUACAUGCAUGUUAAUGACUCUACAGCUGUGAAACUUGGUUUCAGUGCAGAAGAAUUAGUCAGGCGUGCACCAUAUGUAUCAUCUGAUACAGUCUUGUUAGGGAUGAAGAACACCACUGUAUUCCUUGUUGAUGCUAAAUCUGGUUCAGUUAUUCAUACAUUUGGAUCAGCUGGCUCUCCCAAUCCUGUGGAUCUGAUUGGUACUAAGAAACCUAUUGUGGCGAGGAAGGACGGAUUGCAUGAACCUAGUGGUCCUGAUCCCCUGUAUAUUACUAGGACCGACUAUACGCUGAAGUACUCUUCUCAAAAGACUGGUAAAGUAUUAUGGUACUUAACUUUUGCUGAUAUUGAAGCUUCUUUCCAGUGCCAGAGGAUUGAGAAACUGUUUAGUGGAGGCUCUUCUGGAGAUGAGUUUUGUCAGACAAAGCCCCUUGUCUAUCGAAUCCGUAAUCUUCCUACUUUAGAGUCUAUUAUGGUCUCUGAUAGGCUAGGGAUGUUUCCAUCUCGAGGUAGAAACCCUUCUCUGCCAGUUCCUGGUACAAACCACCAGGAGUCUAGGGGUAAAACAUUUCCUGCUUUGCUCCAUUCAGAGAGUGACAACCUUCUUGAUUUUAGUCAACAUGAGCAAAGGAGUUUACCAGGGGGUCGUCUGGAUGUUGAAGGAAAGUUAGUGCCUGCUUUACCUCAUUCUGAUACUGAAGGGCGUAUCUUUGCUCUUCCUGAAGGAGAGCAUGUUAAUGCUGCCAGAAAAUCAUCUCCAGAAGGCCAACCCCUAUAUAGUGUGAGCUUCAUUGUGCAACUUUUUGUCUUCAUACUCUCCAUUGUGGCUGUUUUUUUCCGUACUCGUAGCAGGAAACAAAGCAUGUCAAAACUUCAGGCUCAGGGCAUUACGGCACAAACUGCUACAUAUAAGAAGAAAAAGACUAGAAAGCCAAGUGUAAUGAAGAACAAUGUUAGUACUAAAAGAAGUCAAAAUGAAAAGUCAGGUGAUGGCAGCAGUGAAGUUUUGGACUUUGAUAAAGUUGAAAAAAAAUUUGAGCUGGCAUUUGAUUGUGCUGAUAAUGACAUAGAUGGACGCAAGGUUGGUAAAAUUCUCAUCUCCAACAAACAAAUAGCUAAAGGAAGCAACGGAACAGUUGUACUGGAGGGCAAUCAUGAUGGUCGGUCAGUAGCUGUUAAGCGCCUCGUACGGACCCAUCAUGACGUGGCCUUGAAAGAAAUUCAGAACCUAAUUGCAUCUGAUCAGCAUCCUAACAUCAUUCGCUGGUAUGGAGUGGAGUUUGACCAAGAUUUUGUCUACCUUUCUCUGGAGCGUUGUACCUGCAGCUUAUAUGAGUUGAUAACAACAUAUUCUGAUAGUUGUCAAAGCCAAUCAAGUGGAAAGGGAAAAGAUCGCCAGACUUCAGCUGAUGCAACUGCUAGUUUACUUUGGGCAGUAGAUGAUAUCCACUACUUAAAAUUGUGGAAGGCCAAUGGGUACCCUUCCCCUCAUUUGUUAAAGCUCAUGAGGGAUAUAGUUAAUGGACUUGCACAUUUGCACGAACUUGGAAUCAUACACAGGGAUUUAAAGCCUCAGAAUGUGUUGAUCCGCAAGGAGAGAACCUUGUGUGCCAAGGUCUCGGAUAUGGGUAUAAGCAAGCGCCUUUCUGGUGGAAUGACUUCAUUAUCUAAGCAGACAACUGGUUAUGGGAGUUCUGGAUGGCAAGCUCCUGAACAACUGCGUGAUGAACGGCAGUCUCGUGCUGUGGAUUUAUUUAGUUUAGGUUGCAUUCUCUUUUUUUGUAUCACUGGUGGAAACCACCCAUUUGGAGAUAGCCUUGAGCGCGAUUUGAAUAUUGUAAAUGAUAAGAAAGACCUUUUCUUGAUAGAAAAUAUUCCAGAAGCUAUGGAUCUUGUAACUGGCCUCCUAGAUCCUAACCCAACUUUGAGGCCAAAGGCUGUCGACGUAUUACAUCAUCCUCUAUUUUGGAAUUCUGAGAUGCGGCUCUCAUUCCUUCGGGAUGCUAGUGAUCGGGUAGAAUUAGAGGACAGGGAGACUCAGUCUGAAAUAUUGAAGGCAUUGGAAGGUAUUGGAUCAUUGGCGUUAAAUGGCAAAUGGGACGAGAAACUAGAGAAUGCCUUUCUUAAUGACAUUGGCCGUUACAGGCGGUACAAGUAUGAUAGUGUGCGGGACUUGUUACGGGUGAUACGUAAUAAGCUGAAUCAUUAUAGAGAACUCUCUGAAGAAAUACGGGGGAUUCUUGGGGUGGUUCCUGGAGGAUUUGAUAGCUAUUUCUCAAGUAGGUUUCCAAAACUCCUGAUUGAGGUCUAUAAAGUCAUACACAAGUACUGUUCGGAGGAAGAAUCUUUCAGCAAGUACUUCACAAGUAUUUAUGUAUAAAAAAAGGUAAAGAACUGACUAAUUUUAGCUCCAACUGUACAAGGUUUUUAUGUAAAUCAGGGAAAUAUAAAAUUAGGGCAUGAAAUAUAUUACAUGACUGUGUAAACUUUCCGACUUAUUGAACAUGUAUCUAUAUCUUGUAUUUGGUUGGGACGAACGAAAUGUACAAAAUUAGAAGGGAUGAAUAAAAUUGGAAGGAAUGUAAUGAAAUUUAAAUUAUAACA